UGCCCUGCCUGCAGCACAGCAGCCGAAAACUCUGGGUUGCCCAAGAUUGUCCAAGCAAUCUGGUACUGUGUGUGGUGGUGCUUUAAGAUGUCGUGGGUUGUCCGCCUUUCCAGAUAGUUGCAUGCAGAGCAUUCUUUGCUGGUGCAUGUGUGGUUCUCGCCUUGGUCGUUGUUGCUGAUGUGAUGUGUCAAGGCAGGGGAAGUGCGAGCACAGCUCCCAACCGCAUCAGAUCUAUGUUGGUCGGUCGGCCCUGUCUUUCCAGGUAGCACUCCAGAGCUUUCUUUGCUGGCGCAUUUUUGGCUCGUGCCUCGGUCGUGGUUGUUGAUGUGACAUGUCAAGGCACAGGACAGCUGCAAGAAGAAUCCUGCUUGGGGAAAAUGUAAGAUGAGGAUCUGCCUGCCUGUCCAGGUAGCAGAGAGUGUGCAGGGCAUUCCUUGCUGGUGCAUUCGUCCUUGCCUUGGGGGCUCUUGCCUUGGUGAUUGCUGGUGAUGUAUCAUGGCAGGGCAGCUGCUAGCAGAGUCAGCUAAAGGCAUGGGGAAAAUUUGGGCCGACCAUCUUUCCAGGUACCAAUGUGUUCGUUGCUAGUGCACUCUGGCCCGUGCCUUGAUUAGUGUUGUUGAUGUAACAUGUCAAGGCUCAAGACAGCUGCAAGAAGAAUCCUCAAGCGCAUGGGGAAAUUUUUGGGAUGAGGAUCUGCCUGCCCUCUCCAGGUAGCAGUGAGUGCGUCAGGGCAUUCCUUGUCGGUGCACUCCUGGCUCUUGCUUCGGUCUUGUUUCGCUUGCAGGUGGAGUGAUGUGCCAUGGCAGCACAACUGCGUCCAGAGUUAGCCAAAAGGCAGGGGAAGAAAGCGGGAUGACCAUUUCCCCCAGGUAUCAGUGCAGAACGCAUGCUUUGCCGGUGGAUUCGUGGCCCUUUUCUUGGUGCUUGCUAUUGGAGUGAUGUGUCGUGACAGGUCAGCUCGAGCAGCGUUGGCCAAGGCAUGGGAAGAAAGGGGGACGCCAAUCCCCCCAGGUAUUGGUGCAGAGAGCAUUCUUUGCUGCUGCAUUUGUGGCCCUUGCUCUCUUCCUCGUUGUCGCUGUGAUGUGUCGAGGCAGGAGGGCUGCGAGCAGAGCCCCCAAGCGCAUGGGAAGAAUAUGUGCAGGUAGCAGUUCAGAGGAGACGUGGCUGGUGCAUUUGUGUGGCUCUUGUCACGGUGCUUGUUGUUGUUGGUGUGAUGUGUUGAGGCAGGAAGGCUGUGAACAGAGCUUCCAACUGCAUGGAGAGACCGAGGGGUGACUAUCUGCCCAGGUAGCAGUGCAGAGCAGUCUUUGCUGGUGCAUUUGUGUGGCUCUUGCCUCGGUGCUUUCUGUUGGUGUGAUGUGUCGAGGCAGGAAGGCUGUGAACAGAUCUUCACCAACUGCAUGGAGAGUGUGAUUCGUGACGAUCCGCUCAGGUAGCAGUCCAGAGGAGUCUUUGCUGGUGCAUUUGUAUGGCUCUUGCCUCGGUGCUUGUUGGUGGUGUGAUCUGAGGCAGGAAGGUUGUGCACGUAGCUGCCAGGCGGAUGGAGAGAAUGUGGCUCGAGACCAUAUGCGCAGGUAGUACUCCAGAGCAUACUCUGCUGGUGCAUUUGUGUGGCUCGUCUUGGUGCUUGUUGUCGUUGUUGUGAUCCGUGGAGGCAGGAAGGCUGUGAACAGAGCUCAUGGGAAGACUGGGAUGACUAUCUGCCCAGGUAGCAAUCCAGAGCACUCUUUGCUGGUGCAUUUGUGGGGCUGUUUCGGUGCGUUUUGUUGGUGUGAUGUGUCGAGCCAGGACACGUUCGAGCCGGUCUUUCUUAAGUGCAUGGGAAGGCACAACACACCGCAAUAACACAGGAACUACCAUCUGCCCAGGUGCCCAUGUGGCAUAUAGAAUGGAUGUAUUCCUCUUCAUCAUGCCGGAUGUGGAAGACGUGCCUCUCUUACCAUCUGCCCAGGUGCCUGUUCAGCUGUUCAAAGCAUUUUUUGCUGGUGCAGUUGUGGCUCUUGCCAUUCUGCUUCUUGUGUGGUGUGUGUGUCAAGGAAAGCUGGAGGGCAUUGGCCAAUGUGGAAGUGUUAAGUGUAUUUACUCCUUUCAUCACCCGCCCUUGUUUCAGUGCCCCGCACCACCAUUCAUCCAGGUAGCUCUUCGGAGCAAUUGCUGGUGGAGUCUUGGCUCUUGCCUCUGUUUCUUGGCUCUUGCCUCUGUUUCUUGGCUCUUGCCUCUGUUUUCUGGUUCCUGUUUGCUGUCUGUGGUGUGAUGUGCGCUAAGAAAAAAGCUGGAACACA